GAGCUAAUCAACAACUACCACAUGUUCUAAUACUAGAGCAUUAGAACAUGUUAGACUCAGGCAAACGCCCUGGAAUGUUCUGUCUCGCUUCUAAACACUUCUCUGUUAUUUGGUGAACACCUAAAUCUCUUUAUUCCCUCCUUUCCUUGCAUUUGUGCUUCUAUAUUUCCAUUCAACACGGGCAGCACACGAUUCGUCACGGAAAAGAUAAGGUCUCCAGUCUACUAUGGAUGAGGAGAGAGAGGAGGGGGCUCCUACCUCUAAAACCACUCUGUCUGGGAAACAUGGCCGCCAGAGCAAAGCUAAGAGCCCAGGGCAGCGGGAGAGAGCGGACUCCCCUGGACCCAGCUGUGUCUCCUUGAAGAGGAGACACAGCUGUAUGGAUUAUCCGCAUAACUUUAGAGAUGGAAAUCAGUCUAUUGAGAAGAGAAGAGUCCAGAAGGAGAGAGCAGACUCCCCUGGACCCAGCUGUGUCUCCUUGAAGAGUGACCGCUCUAUGGAUUAUCCGCCUAACUUUAGAGAUGGAAAUCAGUCUAUUAAGAAGAGGUUAGGAUUUAUCAGAUAUUAUACAACUAUAUCUAUCAGACCUCCUUUAAUCCUGGUUCUUGUUUUUCUAGAAGAGUCCAGAAGGAGAGAGCAGACCGCUCUAUGGGUCACCCUCCUGGACUUAAAGAUAGACACCCUUCCAGAGAGGAGACGUAGUAGUUUCCAACAAACUAGUAGUUUUACUGACUGAUAUUUACAAUCAGGUAAUAUUUGUAUUAGAAAGAUUGUGUGUGUGUGUGUGUGUGUGUGUGUGUGUGUGUGUGUGUGUGUGUGUGUGUGUGUGUGUGUGUGUGUGUGUGUGUGUGUGUGUGUGUGUGUGUGUGUGUGUGUGUGUGUGUGUGUGUGUGCACGCACGCUGUCUCCACAGGCGACUCCAGGAGAUGUCAAAGGUUACCAGUGCUCAGUCUGUACAGCAGCAUCAAGCAGAGCUGAUCAAGAGGGCUGAGGAGAACGCACACGCUUUUCUAGACAAGGAGCUGAAGAAGCUCUGGAGGGAUCUCUUCUCAGAUUACCCACAAUGCUCAGAGAGUCAGAGGGAGAAGGAGGAGGAGGAUGGUAAGAACGAGGAGCGGAGGAGGCGCGCCAUAGCGGGAGUGGUAGACAUCACAAAGCUCUGCCUGAUGGAGAUGAACCAGGAGGAACUGGCCGACAAGCUGGGGAGUGGAGCUGUUGCGGUCCAGUGGCAACAUGAACUCAAGGCUCAUCUGAAGAAGAAGUUCCACUGUGUGUUUGAGGGAAUCGCUAGAGCAGGAGAGCAGAGACCUCUGAAUGAGAUCUACACAGAGCUCUUCAUCACAGAGAGAGGCAGUGGAGAGGUCAACAUGGAACAUGAGGUCAGACUGAUUGAAAAGGCAUCCAGGAAAACAGCCAAUGAGGAAACACCAAUCAGAUGUGAAGACAUCUUUAAACCUUUACCUGGACAAGAUAAACCAAUCAGAACAAUAAUGACAACCGGAGUGGCCGGCAUUGGUAAAACUCUCUUAACACACAAGUUCACUCUGGACUGGGCCGAAGGCAAAGCCAACCACGACAUAGACUUCACAUUUCUCCUCACUUUCAGAGAGCUGAAUUUACUGAAAUGGAAAGAGUUUAGCUUACUGGAACUUCUUCAUCAGUUUUCUGUUGAAACCAAAGAAUCAGGAAUCUACAGAUACGACCAUGACCAAGUGGUCUUCAUCUUGGAUGGUCUGGAUGAGUGUCGACUUCCUCUGGACUUCCAGAACAACCCGAUCUGGACGGAUGUCACCAAGCCGACCUCAGUGGAGGUGCUGCUGACAAACAUCAUCAGGGGAGUCCUGCUUCCCUCUGCCCACAUCUGGAUAACCACACGCCCUGCCGCAGCCAAUCAGAUCCCUGCUGAGUGUGUUGACAUGGUGACCGAGGUGAGAGGGUUCAACGACCCACAGAAGGAGGAGUACUUCAGGAAGAGAUUCAGAGAGGGGACAAUGGCCAGCACGAUCAUCUCUCAUGUCAAGAAAUCUCGAAGCCUCCACAUCAUGUGUCACAUCCCAGUCUUCUGUUGGAUCACUGCUACAGUUCUAGUGGACUUCUUCAAAACAUCCCAGAGAGGAGAAGAGGUGCCCAAGACCAUGACUCAGAUGUACAGCCACUUCCUGAGGGUUCAGUCCAUACAGGCGGACAGGAAGUAUCAUGGGAGAGCUGAAACUGAUCCACACUGGAGUUCGGAGAGCAGGGAGAUCAUUGUUUCUCUGGGGAAACUGGCUUUUAACCAGCUGGAGAAAGGUCAGCUGAUCUUCUACGAGGCAGACUUGGCAGAGUGUGACAUCGAUAUCAGAACAGCCUCAGUGUACUCAGGAGUGUUCACCCAGAUCUUCAAAGAGGAGUGUGGACUGCACCAGGACAGGAUGUUCUGCUUUGUCCAUCUGAGCAUCCAGGAGUUUCUGGCUGCCCUUUAUGUCUUUCUGUCCUACAUCAACACUGGUGUCAACCUGCUCUCAGAAGAACAUCCAACCUCCAGGGAAGCUGAACUCCUCCUCCUCUACCAGAGUGCUGUGGACAAGGCCUUACAGAGUGAGAACGGACACCUGGACUUGUUCCUCCGCUUCCUCCUGGGCCUCUCUCUAGAGACCAAUCAGAUGCUCCUGAAAGGUCUGCUGGAACCAAGAGGAAGUAAAUUACUGGGCAAUCCAACUAAAAAAGAUCCACCGGGACAGACAGGAAGGAGGUCACAAAUCAAUACCCAAAUAGUCCAUUACAUCAAGGAGAAGAUAGGUGGAGAUCUCUCUCAAGAGAGAAGCAUCAAUCUGUUCCACUGUCUGAAUGAGCUGAAUGACAGUUCUCUAGUGGAGGAGAUCCAACAGUACCUGUCAUCAGGAAGUAUCUCCUCUCUCUCCUCUGCUCAGUGGUCAGCUCUGGUCUUCAUCGUACUGACAUCAGAAGAGCAGCUGGACGUGUUUUACCUGAAUAAAUACUCUGCUUCUGACGAGGGUCUUCUGGGGCUGCUGCCACUGAUCAAAGCCUCCAAAACAUCUCUCUUGAAUGGCUGUAAGCUGUCAGAGAGAUGCUGCAAAGCUCUGGCCUCAGUUCUCAGCUCCAUCUCCUGUAGCCUGAGAGAGCUGGAGCUGAGUUCCAAUCAUCUAAAGGAUUCAGGAGUCGAGCUGCUCUCUGCUGGACUGGGGAGUCCACACUGUACACUGGAAACUCUCAGGCUGAAUUCCUGUGAUCUGUCAAAGGGAUGCUGUGAAGCUCUGGCCUCUGCUCUCAGCUCCAACUCCUCUAGUCUGAGAGAGCUGGACCUGAGUUCCAAUCUUCUACAGGAUUCAGGAGUGAAGCUGCUCUCUGCUGGACUGGGGAGUCCACACUGUACACUGGAAACUCUCAGGUCAGUUUUACUUAACGUGCAAACAGUUCCGUAUCAGGAGAUUAUUAAAAAACGACUACUUGCUCCUGGUUUGAGGAUCAAUCCUAAAUGUUGUCUAAAUAUAUAAUCGAAUGACUCAGUA